CUUGAAUCUAUAUAUGCAUAUACGUAUAGUACGCGAAUGCCUGACGGUGCACUUUAUGUACGUUAAUAAUCACUAGUAAAAAAAAAAUAUAUAAGUUAAGUUCAUCAAGUGAUAUAAAUUUACAAAAAACAAACAUAUUUAAAUAAAAAAGAAGAAAUGCCUCAAUAUUCGAUUAAAGUAAAAUGGGGAAAAGAAUUUUUUCCUAACGUCGAAGUUAACACAGAUGAAGAACCAAUGUUGUUUAAAGCACAACUUUUUGCACUGACAGGAGUACAGCCAGAAAGGCAAAAAGUUAUGUUAAAAGGAAUGACAUUAAAAGAUGAUGAUUGGGGCAAUAUCAAAUUAAAAGAUGGUAUUACUGUUUUAAUGAUGGGUUCUAAAGAGGAAGAUGUACCAGUAGAACCAACAGAAAAGCCAUUAUUUUUAGAAGAUAUGAAUGAAUCGGCAUUAGCUACUGCUUUAGAUUUACCAGCUGGCUUGACGAAUUUAGGAAAUACUUGUUAUCUUAAUGCAACGGUACAGUGCCUAAAAACUGUUCCAGAAUUAAGAGAUGCUCUAAAGAAUUUUUCAGGAGGACUCGCAGCUCCUGGUAGCUCAUCACUUGUACCUGCACAAAGUAUAACUGCUGCAUUAAGAGAUUUAUAUGAUAGUAUGGAUAAAGGAUCAUCUUUGCCACCUGUUGUCCUUGUUCAAAUGAUGCAUUUAGCAUUUCCAAGAUUUGCUGAAAAAUCUGAGCAUGGUGGAUUUCAACAACAAGAUGCCAAUGAAUGUUGGACUGAGCUUAUUAGAAUGUUGCAACAAAAAUUACCAGCAAAGGAAAAUCCUGUUGCCUUAGAAAAUAAUGGACAAAAUUACAAGCCUCGUUCAUUAAUUGAACAAUAUUUCGGAGGAACAUUUGAUACAGAAUUAAAAUGUGUAGAAUCUGAGGAUGAACCUCCUACUAAGGGAAAAGAAGAGUUUUUACAAUUGAGUUGUUUUAUUUCAACAGAGGUUAAAUACAUGCAUUCUGGUCUUAGAAAUAAAAUGCAGGAACAAAUUACAAAAAUGUCAUCAACUCUUGGCAGAGAUGCAGUAUAUACGAAAACGUCAAAAAUUAGCAGAUUGCCAGCAUAUUUAACAAUUCAAUUUGUGCGUUUUUACUAUAAAGAAAAAGAAGCAAUUAAUGCAAAAAUUCUCAAAGACGUUAAAUUUCCUCUUGAAUUCGAUGUUUUUGAAUUAUGUAGCAGUGAACUUCAAACUAAACUAACACCAAUGCGAGAAAAAUUUAAGGAACAUGAGGAUCGUUUGGUGGAAGAAUCACGUAACAUAAAAAAUAGAAAAGAUAAAACAGAAAGUAAAAAGAAUGUCAAACAAGAACCAUUUUCAUUUCCAGAUGAUAUAGGAUCAAAUAAUAGUGGCUAUUACUCAUUACAAGCAGUUUUAACACAUAGGGGACGAUCAAGUAGUAGUGGCCAUUAUGUAGCUUGGGUUAGACAAAAAAAUGACACAUGGUUAAAAUGUGACGAUGAAACCGUUAGCGCUGUAACUAGCGAAGAUGUACUAAAACUUAGCGGUGGUGGCGAUUGGCAUUGUGCAUAUGUUCUUUUAUAUGGACCAAAAAUUUUAGAAGUACCUGAUACAGAUGACAAUGAUGAUUCAUCUGCUAAGUAAUAUUCUAUAAUCAACAAGUAAAGACUAAACCAAAUGGGACACAAUUUCCAUCUUACAUCUGUUAGACAAAUGCAUUUUUUUUUAUACAAAUGAAUGUCAGUAUAAUUUCAAUAUUAAGGUACUACAGAAUACUAUUCGUAAAAUCAAUGGCAGUUAUUUUUUAUUAAAUUAUAAAAAUAAUGCAUUAUAUAUAUCAUUUUUGCAUAAUGUAAGUGACACAAAAGCUACAUUGGUUCUGUACGCUUAUAAAUACAUGGUGAUAAUCUUUGAAUUAUACAUAAUUAUUGUAAACCAUUAAAGUGUUCUUUUAUAACAUUACAAUAAAAUUGCAAUUAAAAUUAGAAUCAUUUUUAUUAAUUUGUCAAUAUUCUAUAUAUUUACAUUAAUUUUAUUGAAAGUAUAUUAAAAAUAUCAUACGAACACAUAUAGUAUUCUGACAAUGAUAUGUAAUAUAAAUAUUAAAUUAACUAUUUCAUAUUCAAGAGAUAUUUAUAUUGUUAAUUAUCUUUAUAAUUUCAUGUCAUUUGUUACUAUUUAAUGCAAAAAAUUAAAUAUUACCAAAAUAUUAUAGAAGAAACAUGAAUAAGAUUAAAUUUUUGUCCCUUGUUCAAAUUUAUUAAGAACAAUUUCUAUUUUUUAUCACUUUCAUUAUAAUACUGGAUAUUUUAUGAAAUGUAUUACUUUUGUGACAUUGAAAAAUUUUGUUGAUUUUAUAUUUUUGUACUACACAUUAUAAAUAAUUGCAUUUUAUUUUACUAAAAUAUAUUUAUGUAUAUAUUUGGAUUAAACUGCAAUAUAAGAAGAUCUUAAAUUUAAUAAGAAGUAUUUAAAGUAAAUAUUGAUUUAUCUAUAGCUCUCUCGAGAUAUAA